AUGGCAGAUCUUUUUAUGCAAAAAUACUUCCCGUCGGAAAAGAUAGCUAAGCUUAAGAAUCGUAUUAUGACAUUUAAACUGGACGAAGGGGAAUCUCUACACGCAGCUUGGGAGAGGUUCAAAGAUCUUUUGAUCGAUGUCCUACAUCAUGGGUUGUCCAAAAGACAACUUGUGUUGAACUUCUACCAAGGACUCAACUACGACUCACAAAAACGUUUAGAUGUAUAUGCAGGAGGCGAUCUUGGAACAAAAACACCUAACGAAGCCUACGCAAUCAUAGAAAAAGCUACCUUGAAGUCGAGUUCUCGUCACGGGGGAGUGCGAAAUAAAGCAUCAUCUAUUCCUGGAGUUCAUCAAGUGGAUACAUAUACGACUCUUGCAGCACAGAUUGGAGCUUUGGUAGCAAGAUUUGAUCAAGCUCAGAACAUUUCGCAGGUACAAUCAUCAUGUGAGCUGUGUGGAGUGUCACACAAGCCAGGUACAUGUGAGCAGGGUGUUAUGUUUACAGGCCAUGAAGAGGUGGACUAUUUGGGCAAUCAAAUUAGGCCCCAGAAUAACCCCUAUAGCAACACGUACAAUCCGGGUUGGAGGAAUCACCCAAACUUCGGGUGGAAAGCUAAUUCCAGUAAUCAAAACCCACUCGGAUAUGCUCAACGCGCUCCCGCGCCACAACAAACCCAGGGGUUCAGGAAGCACUUCCCAGCCUCAAGCCUCUCAAAGCAACUUAAAACUAGAGGAGAUGAUGGCCAGUUGUUAAACAACUCCAACAAUGCCAAUCAAAUAUCUGAAAAGCGAAACCAGCAGCAUGAGGAGCAUUUCAUGGCACAAGAAGGGGAAAUGCGGUGCCAGAAGGCUUCAAUACAAACCAUUGAGAAUCAAGUCGGCCAAUUGGCCAAGAUGUUGUCUAAAAGACCCCAAGGUAGUCUUCCAGGUAACACAGAACCAAACCCGAGAGGGCACGUUAAUGCAGUAAUGACGAGUGGUAAAACCACGGGACCUGACAAAUCGGACUCACCACCGAUCACUGAGAUGGUCCAAACUGAUGCUUCGGACGAGGUGCACGCUAGGCGAGUCCCAGCAAGUACAGCACAGUUCUAG